GACUCCGGCGCAGCCCUGUCGCGCCCACAGCGCCCCCUCUCGGCCCGGACGGCCCACCAUGCCCCGGCACUGAAGGGCUACCAGGUGAGUCGCAGUCUGUCCCAACACUCCUCUGGGCCUUGCUACUGCAUGCCUGAGGACUGCGACACUGUGCGGGACUACAUGCACCACCCCGACCACUACCAGGGGCACAAUGACCACCCCUACUACCCGCCUGGGGGGCCCCCUGAACCGUUGGCCAUGGUCCCAUCUGGUGGAGGCACCUUCCCUCGCUCACACCCCAGUCAGCCACAGCCCUACGACUCAACCUGUGAAGAGUGUUUAACCUCUGCAGGGCACGGCCAUAGUCAUGGGGGAAAGAUGCACCGUAUCCCACCAAACCUUCUGGAUCAUUUCGAGAAACAGUUGCCCUUCCACCCAGAUGGCUUCCACACCCUGCAGUACCAACGCACAGCCAGUGGGGAACAACGCAGUGAGAGUCCGAGUCGCAUAAGGCAUCUGGUGAACUCUGUCCAGCGUCUCUUCGCCAAGUCACAUUCUUUGGAGGCCCCCUCUAAACGAGAGUUUAAUGGCACCCGUGGUGGAGAGUACCGGGAAAGAGAUAGGGGGCACCGCAGCAGUGGCGAGGAAAGCAGCGGACAUCAUUAUUCAGGAACGCACCAGUCUCGCUCAGCCCGUCGGAACAAAAGCCGAGAACGAAGCAAGAGUGGAGACUCCCGCCACGAGUCUCGAAGCUCCCGCCACCGCAGCAAAACAGCUGGAUGGUGGAGCUCUGAUGACAACCUGGACAGUGACAGCAGCUUUCUGGUGGGUGCGGGCAGAGGGAGACGCAGGUAUCCCACCGGACAUGAGACCCUGGAUGCUGCCAUCCAGGAGCUUACCUUGAGGAAAUCUAAGGGGCCACCUCCAGGAGAGUGCCUGGCUUGCACCAACAUAGCCAUGGCAGGAGACAGCGGACACUCUCUGAAAAGGAGCACAUGGUCAGCCUUGACGGUCAGUCAGGCUAGAGAAGUCUAUCCAUCUUCCCGUGGCGGAGGAAUAUGAAACAACCUCAUCCCUCUUCAGUUUUAUAAGUAAAGGCCAUGUUGACAGCAAGUUGUGUGUCUUUUGCAGGUUCCCUCAGAUGACUGGUGCGGUGGCGGUCCAUCUGACAGUGGUGGGGAGAUCCCUUGCAGACGUAUGCGCAGUGGCAGCUACAUCAAGGCUAUGGGGGACGAUGACAGCGCUGACUCAGACACUAGCCCCAAAGCCUCACCCAAAUCAGCCCUCAUUGCCCAGAGAGAAGCCUUCCGCCGCUCCGUCAGCAUGGACCAGCGCUCCUCCACCACAUCCAAGUACUCAUGUAAACAGUGUACAGACGUCUACCCAAACAGUCGAACCACACCUAAAGGCCACGCUCGCUCCCGUAGCGCCACACGCUCUCUGACCAGCGCUCAGCUGAGUGACACUCUGAACCUGUUUGGAGAAAUGGAAUCACAGGCUGUCGAGGCACUGGACCUACCCGGAUGCUUCCGCACCCGCAGUCACAGCUACGUACGGGCUAUCCAAGCCGGAUGCUCCCAGGACGAUGACUGCCUGUCUGUCUUCUCCAUGUCAGGCCCACAGGGGAGCGUGAAGGGCGAAGCAGUGUUCACAUAUAGGAAAGGACCUCCUCCUCUCCCCCCUCGCAUGUCCAAGCCAAUGAUCUCUGUGACCGCUCAGAGCAGCACUGAGUCCACUCAGGACGCUUACUUCCAGAGUACAGGUCAGCCCGCUCUGGUCCGGCCCAGGCAGCACAGCAAUUCAGUGGACCUGACAGAGAACAGCGGGGGCCGUAGCUCCAGAGGUGGGCACUAUCUUGGCGGGGGCACGGUGCGUGUCAGACAGAGCAGCAACUCCGCAGAGAAUCUGAAUGGCAGGGCCCUUCAGAGCAUCGCCUACCCUGGUGGACCUGGUCCACUGAAACCGAAACACAGCAGCUCAGCCGAUAACCUGCUGGAGGGGCCCAGGGGAUCUAGGGAGCGAGCUGGAAGCAACCUGGGAAAAUCAGCCUCUCUGCCCCAGAACAGUAUGUCCCUAGCUAAAGCUCUGACUGGAGGAGAACAGGAAGGACGAGGGAGGAAGUGGAGACCCUCUAUUGCAGUCCAGGUGGACAGCUCAGAGACGUUGUCUGACUCCGACCCAGAAGGCAAAGCGCUGAGAGAGGUGCACUCCAUAGGGGUUCAGGUGGAGGAUGACAAGAGACGAGCCCGUUUUAAACGCUCCAACAGUGUGACAGCAAGUGUCCAGGCUGAUCUUGAGACGGAGGGUUUUGGUGGGCUGACAGUCCCCACACAAGACAAGGGCCUGCAGUUUGGCUGCUCAUUCCAGCGCCACUCGUCUGAACCAGAAUCAGCCGGUCAGUUUACAGAGUAUCGCACAGUGCACACACAGGGCCAGUGGGCCUACCGUGAGGAUUACCACAGCGGUUACACCAACGAGCCCGGCCCUCCAGAACUCAGGGCCCUUCACCGCUCCCACUCCCCUCUGCCCCUGGCCCCUGAGCGUGGAGUGGGAGGCUGGAGCGAGGGCCCGAGAAGCCUCCCUGAUUCGGGCCGAGCCUCGCCCUGCUUACGAGAUGGAGAGUUCUUCCUUCGGCUCCUGCACACGGAAGUGGAGAGGAUGGAGGGAUGGUGCCAGAACAUGGAGAGAGAGGCAGAGACAAAUGAACUGCCAGAAGAGGUGUUGGAGCUCAUCAGAGGAGCUGUCGGCAGUGCUCAGAUGCUCAUGUCACAAAGAGUCCAGCAGUUCUUCAGGAUGUGCCAACAGAGUGUGGAUCCUUCAUCAUACCCUCAGCCCACCACUCAGGAUCUGGCCAGUUAUUGGGACCUCCUCCAGUUAGCCAUCGAGGACAUCAGGGUGAAGUUUCAGGACCUCCAGCGGCUGAAGGACUCGGGCUGGAGAUUACCUCCUGAGAAGAAGGAGGACAAGAAGGUUCCACCUCCAUUACCAAAGAAGCCAGUCGGUGGCGUGACGGGCAGCCUGCGUGCCGACAGCACGACCGAGGCUGGAGGCAUGCUAGUGCUCUCACGAGGACGUAGUGUUCCCGAACGGGAGAAAUCGCUGGAUGUAGGCGACCGCCAGAAGCUGGAGACACGGCGCAGGCUGCUCCAGACCAAACGCUCAGCCUCUUUCCGCCAGAAUUCUGCCACAGAGAGCGCUGACAGCAUCGAGAUCUACAUCACAGAGGCUCAGACGAGACUCUGAGUCGCUCGGACCCCGUUAAAGAACCACUACGGCUAUUCUCUGGCCUUCUGCACAGACCUCCAUGUUACAAAGCAGCCAGAGAGCGAGUGCAAUUACGCACUUUAGUGUAACGGGGAACUUGAGAUGGCUUACUAGUAUGCUGCUGGUGUAUGGAUGUGAGCGUACACAUUUUACUUAAAUUUUUUGUUGAGCAAGUGUUAUUGUUCUCAGAAAAAAGGGCUCAACCAGCACAACCAAGUAUAACAAGAUUGAGACUUUUUUAAGUCCACAAAAAUAUAUAAAAAUGUCAGGACUGUUUUAAUGAACCACGCCAACACAUACGGGUGCAAUAUCAUAUAUUAAGAGGAUCUUAUCUUGUUAUUUUAAAUAAUAGACCUUGUUUUGAUAUAAUCGUGGCUGUAUGUGUUUCUUAAUUGAUUCCACAGUGUGGCGGACAUAGCCACUUUCACUGUGACACAAGCGCACUCUUGUGGCCAGAGUAGAGCAAUGCACCCCGAUGUAAAUUUGGGCCUGAAACUGAAUGUCUUAGCAGUGCAGUAGUAAAACUCCUGAAAGCAACUUUUGCAGUAUAGAUAAAUGCCUUUUUGAAGCCAGUUAUCAAAUUACCACAGGGAUUCAUCUCCCAUAUAGUGCAAUAUAACUUUGCAAUUGCAGUCAGGCUUCUCAUCAGCCCAGUGUAAAGACACGUGUCUUAAAAAAGAUGAGAGAGAAAAAACAACAACAACAGAAACAUUCAAGCUCAACACUUCCUGAAAUAGGACAGUCUACAUCACAAGACACUUCAGAGACAGGAGUGCAGAAGACAAUCUUCAAUUUCACACAUGACCUGCACACUGAAAGAUGAUCAUUCAGAGAGGAGGGGGAGCAUCUUGUUCAUUUAACCCCCCAAACACCCCCCUUUCUUUCUUUUUUUUGUAACACAUUUAAACCCUAUAACAUGAAAUUAAUGUAGCUUCUACAUUUUGCCUGAGUGCUUUAAUUGAUUGUGGUUGUUUUUUUUCCCCUCUUUUUUUUUUUUUUUUUUUGAGAAAUUAAGAAAUUCAUGAAUUCUUCUGGUUCCAGUUCUAUUUUCUAUCUUAAAUCUAUUAUGUUAUUUCCCUUUUUAAAUUUAUCUGAGGUGCAAAACAAAAUAAUAUACUUCAGAACAAAAAUAAUGUGUCCACUUCACACCAAAUGUUAAUUUGUGGAUUAUUUCUUAAAAAAUGCUGUGUUAGUUUAGGUGGUGAAGUUUUGUGUGUUUAUGAAAGAAAGAAAACAUUAAUUAACAGAAAUGUGAUCGGAAGAAUGGAUUAUGUGUUUGUGUGCAUUCAACUUCUCAAAUGGGUAAAAGCAAACUGGAAACGAGAUCACAGUAAUUCUUGCAAAUUCCAUCUAUUACUUUCCCUUUUUAAUGAAAAAAUGUUGAUUGCAUGAAUGAUCUGAACUUUUUUUUAUUUAACUAUGGACGAAGUAAUGGAAUAAUGGAAAAUAUUUUAUUGCGAGAUGUAUAUUUUAUAAAGUACAUUUUUAGAUUAGCAGAUAAACAUACAGUAUGUUGUCAAAAGUGAUGUUAAAAUAUGUUAUAAACGUGUCUAAGAAUUUACAAGGUAGGGAUGUGGACUUUAAAGAAGUGGGCAACUCACCGCUACAAACUUCAGCAGAAUCGUGUUGUUUUCCACUUAUUUCUUUUGUCAACGUCGAAACAGACUGGCUAAAGACUUUUGACAAAAGAAGAAUAGAUGGUUGAGACAUCCACUUGCCAUGUUGUCCAUGGGCAAAAAUAUAAUCUGUUUUCUAUGUCUUGACUAUCUACACGUGCCUAACAGCACUAUGUGUGGCUUUUUUAAAUAUAAUUAUUCAGUAUUAUAUUCAAUACAAAAUAUAUAACUCACACAAUAUGUAUUGUUCUAAUAAUUUGAUUUGUUACACCUGAUCCAGAUAAUAACCACCUCACACUGGAUGUUUCUAUGUAACCUGCAUGCUUUUAUUAAUCCAUGGAAAUAAUGAACAAACUCUUCUAUCAAAACUGUAGAUCUUUAUUCACUGUCUGGAAAAAAAAGGGCAGGAGUAUUUAUCUAAUUAUUUAUAAUAACUACACCUACAUUUCUGUAUCUAAACUUGUUUGAUUUUUAUUCUUUUUUAAAUCAAUCAAUUAGUCCAACAGGUUUUUUUUUCAGACAUUUGUACUUUUUUUUUUUUUUAAUUUACUGUUGCCUAUCAUCUCUUUUUAUUUCUGUAUUUAUUUAUAUAUUAUUUAUUUAUUUAUUUUACAAAUACUUUAAGGAUAAAAUAUCCAUCAUUUUAUAAACACAUAUUUUUUUAAGCAUCAAAACGGUUGUAAUCAUAGUCAACUUACAAAUUUUUUUGGACGCAGCAAGUCUAAGAUGACAGAAAAGCACAACAGACUAUUUCCUCUUCCACUGUGAAGGACUUCCUGCCUUCUCAAAACACUGAAAGACUCUGUACAUGCCGUUGGGGUUUCCAGUGGGAGAAAUAGGAUGAUCUCUUAUCAGGGCCAUAUGUUUUUGAUAUACCAACGAAACUUAAUUUCAAGCAAGACUGACCACACUUUCCCCUUUGCCAGUUGUUUGCCUUCUCAGGCACUGACAGGAAUCAGUCUGACUCUCAAAUGGACUGCUCAGAAAGACUAUUUUGAUGGCCUUUCUAUUCCAACCAACAUUUUCCAAUGUAAACUGACUGAUGAAAACUAAUCAAAUACAAUAUUUAAUGACUGUGUCUCUCGCUACAUCAUGUAAAGCUUCCCAUGUCAACACAUGACCCGAUGGUAUGCUGAUUGUCGGUUCUUGAGACAACUGUGUCUUAAUAGAUCAGAAUGGAUGGCUGAAACUCUGCCAUUGCUCCUUUAAGCUGAAAAAACGAGUCUAAAAAGUCUCUGUAUAAGCCUCUGUAUAUGCCGUAAACCGAUUUAGCUAGAGUAAGUGAUGAAUAUUUCUUCGUAGCACAGAGGAGCUUGUAGCAGUGUGACGUAGACGUUACGUUGGAUUCUAUAACGCAUUAUAGAUCACUGGAAAUUACAUGGGUCAUAGACUUACAAACAAUUACUGUGUAAUUAAAAUACCUUCCUUCUCACGUUCUGUUGUAUUAUGUACAGUAAAUAUAUCUGUUGCAAUUGAAGUUGUUAUUAUUAAUAUUCAAUGGAUUGUUGAUGAUUAUUGGUAUUAUUAAUAAUUUCAUAUAUAAUGACAAAUGUUAUUGCAAUUAUGACUAUGAGAAAACCUAUUCUGUAUUCUCAAGGGUGUUCACGUGUAAAGAGAAACCCGAUUUAGAUUUUAUUCUAUCGUUUGUAAUUGCUGCUAAUGUAGAAAAUAGCCCUGUGGGAGAUGAGACAAAUUGAAAAAUAACAGCUAAUGUUAGGCCCAUCUCUUCUAGCAGUUGUGUGCAAGAUUACAGAAAAUGUCAAAUGAACAUGUAGAUCUGAAGAAUGAGUAUUCCCCUUUCUUAAUGGAAAAAAGAAAAAAAAUAUAUAUAUAAAUGUUUGGCCAGUUUGUGAUGUAGCAAAACAAUUCUGUUCUUUUUAAAUUGUUCAUUAAGUUGUUCAUAACACUGCAUUAUAAGAACAUUGUGGAAAUAUUGAUUAUUAAUGUUAUCACUAUUUAUGGUUGUUCUUUUUUUUAAUCAUAUAUUUGUUUGAUACAGUGUGAAGGUAAAAUAACCUCAUUUUGUAUUUUUUCUUUUUACAUUGUUUUACCAAACUGCAAUAGCUUACAACAUCACCUUUUCAAUAUAUUAUUUCCAGAUUUGAAAUAAAUUUGAAUCUCUUACCAUGUGUUGUGGCUAAAGGGUGAAGGAACAAUAUGGCACAGCUGAAGUAAAAUAGCCUACAUGGAACAGUUUUUUUUUUUUUUUUUUUGGUCACCGAGAUGUACAGCUCAAUGUCUACUAGCAUUAAAUCAGAGAUGGCACACUGUGAUGUGGUAAACCUAAACACAGAAUGU